CGUACCCACAGUCGAUUGUACGACGUUGGAUUGCUUUAGUGCCGCCUGUAACUUCGCGUUAGAAAGGCGAGUAUUCAACGGUUUGCUUCGACGAAUUGGACGCCGAUUUUUCCUCCGCAGAAUGAGAACCCGCGUGUCCAGAUGCGCAGGGAGGAGAUGAGAACGUAAAACCCACACGUACCGACACGUGUUCCACACUACGAGAUGCCGUUCACAGCGGACGCGGCGGCCAGUCAGAUCCAGGAACGACUGAAAAACCUGUAUCAUCUGGUGCACGAGAUCGAGACGCAGCGGGUACGCUCGGAACACAAUCUGAACAACAUCGUGAAGACUUACGAGAAGGUGACCCCGGAGGACAAGGUGUCCCCGUACUACCAGCAGAAGCUGAAGAACCUGUACAACGCGGCGAUCGGUGACUCGCAACAGGAGGAGGAGACUUUGCGUAAGGCGCUGGAGAAGAUCAACGAGAUCCGAGCUAUCAGGAACGAGCGACGGAUACAGGCUCGCAACGCGGGCAACAAGGAAACUAUUCGGCGAGGUGCCCUGAUGAAGAUGUUACUGAGCACCGCGCAGACGCUCCCUCUGUACGUCGGCAAAACACCAGGAGCGAAGCCGCCCUCUCUUUGCGGGGCGAUCCCGGCUGAGCUCACGUACAUCGCGAAGAUGGGAGACAUGGUGGCAGCUCUGGUGAAGGGGUCGGAAGAAGAGGAAAAUUGGAUCCUCGCGGAAGUGGUGCAGUUCAACCCGACGACGAAUAAAUACGAAGUGGACGACAUCGACGAGGAACAAAAGGACAGGCACACCUUGUCGAGAAGAAGAGUGGUGCCGCUCCCGUUAAUGAGGGCUAAUCCAGAGACGGAUCCUCACGCCCUAUUCCCCAAAGGGUCCAUCGUGAUGGCAUUGUACCCUCAAACGACCUGUUUUUACAAGGCAGUGGUGAACCAGUUGCCCACUACCGCCACCGAGGAAUACGAGGUCUUGUUCGAAGACGCCACCUACGCGGACGGCUACUCGCCGCCGCUGAAUGUCGCGCAGCGUUACGUGAUCUCGAUUAAAGAGAGCAAAAAGAACAAGAGCCAGUGCUAACGAACGAUUUUCGCUGUCUAAUCGCUGUCAGUAUUAUCUUCGACGUUAUUUCCGCGUUUGUACCUCGCGGUACAGCCUCACGUUUUUGUA